AGGGAAGUCUGUGACUGCCUGGCCAAACUUAGGGCUCACGUUCCGGUCAGAGUCAUGGCACCCCAGACUCUGCUGCCUGUCCUGGUUCUCUGUGUGCUGCUGCUUCAGGCCCAGGGAGGAUACUAUGACAAGAUGAGGAUGCAGAGAAUCAAGAUCUGUGAGAAGCGACCCAGCAUAGAUCUAUGCAUCCACCACUGUUCAUAUUUCCAAAAGUGUGAAGCAAAUAACAUAUGCUGUUCAGCCUUCUGUGGGAACGUUUGCAUGAGCAUCCUGUGAGUGGGAGAGUGGGCUGGGAUGUGCAUCCUGCUCCCUGAACCCUUCCAUCCGAGACUGUGCCCACAUCCGAAGCGCAACGACAUCAAACCAUUAGCACAAGAACGUCAACAGGAAUGUCACCCUCCCUGCUGUCUGAACUCCCUGUCCCUGUCAAAUAAACCAGAACAA